UUUUGCUCUGAAAGGGGAAAACAGUUUGAAAGAGUUCUUGUAUCGCAGCAGAGAUGCAGCUUUCCCAAACCCGCUUUUUUGGGGGGGUCAUUUACCUCUUGGGGUUUAACCGCUGAUAGUUUCCAGCUGGGGGGGCGCAGCAGGUGAGAUUGGAACCGCAGCUCGAUCGCGUUCUGCAGCCGUGAUGUGACGGAGGAGCGCGUGAAAUGCUCUUGGAGGACAUCACCUGACAGGCGCGUGCGUUUAUUUCCUUUUAAAUUACCCAAAAAGAAAGAAAGCGAAGAAUCCCAGUCCAGGAUGAGGGCGCCGGCGUUGGUGUUCCUCAUCGUCGGGCUGUGGGAGUCGAGCCUGAGCAACAGGAGCUGCCCGGACCUGAUGGUGGAGAGCUGCCACUGCUCGGCGGACAGGACCAAGGAGCUGAGCAGGCAGCACGUCCGGGGAGUCAAAGUGGGCUGUGAGGACGUGGACCUGGUGGACACGCUGCAGCCCAGCUUCUUACCCAACAGAACCGUGUCCCUAAACCUGAGUAACAACAAGAUCUCCCUGCUGAGGAACGGCUCCUUCUACGGCUUGGCUGCCCUGGAGAAACUGUACCUGAGGAAUAAUUUGAUAAGUACAGUGGAGCCCGGGGCCUUCCGUGGUCUGCUGGCUCUGAGGAGAUUGGACCUGUCUAACAACAGGAUUGGCUGCCUCUCGUCUGAAAUGUUUCUCGACCUGGGCAGCCUCUCAAAAUUGAAUUUAUCCGGGAACAUCUUCUCCACCCUGAGCGUGGGACUCUUUACGCACCUCGUGGCUCUCAGAGUGCUGCACGUGGGCACCGAGACUUUGUUCUGCGACUGUCAGGUGAGGUGGCUGCUCCUCUGGGCCCGAAGCAACUCGGUGAGGAUCGGCAACGACACGGUGUGUGUGUUCCCCACACACCUCCACGGCCUGGAGUUCCGCAACCUCCGCGAGCAGCAGCUCGGAUGCGAUGGACCCCUGGAGAUGCCCCUCUUCCAGCUCAUCCCCUCGCAGAGGCAGCUGGUGUUCCAGGGAGACCGCCUGCCCCUGCAGUGCGCCGCCUCCCGCCUGGACCCCUCGGUGGAGCUGCGCUGGCGCCACAACGGCCGCGUGGUGGCGACGCAGGAGGAGUGGGGCGUCUACGUGGAGGAGACCCUGCUCCACGACUGCUGCCUGCUCACCAGUGAGGUCAUCCUCUCCAACAUCGACGUGGGCAUCGCUGGCAUCUGGGAGUGCCUGGUGACCAGUUCCCGUGGCAACGCUUCUCAGCAAAUGGAGAUCGUUGUUCUGGAGACGUCGGCACCCUACUGCCCCUCGGACAGAGUCACCAACAACAAAGGGGACUUCAGGUGGCCAAAGACCCUAGCCGGCAUCCUUACCUUCCUGCCCUGCUCCGCCCCCCGCCCGUCCGGCGGCGGCCAUCACCCCUCCGGCCAGAAGGCGAAGAAAGCGUGGCGGAGCUGCGACCGCGCCGGACGCUGGGCCGAGGAGGACUACACUCAGUGCCCGUACGCCAGCCAACUGACCCGCGUGCUGCACGAGCUCACACAGAUCCCAGUGAACGCCACCAACGCUCAGCCUCUGGGCCAGCAGUUGGUGGCCUUCACCAGCAGGGCGGCGCACUUCACCGACGUCAUGGACGUCAUCUUCGUCACGCACCUGGUGGAGAGGCUGACCAGGCUGGUGGAGAAACGUAGAGACCUGGGGGACUACGUGUCCGACGUAGCCAGCAACAUGAUGCAGGUGGAGGAGCACAUCCUGUGGAUGGCGCAGAACGAGGCCAGAGCGUGCACUCGCAUCGUGCAGUGCGUGGAGCGCAUCGCAGACCUGGCGCUGAGUGGAGACAAUCAGGUCAUUUCCAAGGUGUCUGCGAACAUCGCUCUCGAGGCCUUUCUGAUCCGGCCGUCCGACUUCCUCGGCCUGUCCUGCACGGCUCUUCAGCGGCCUUCCCCCUCGCCCGCCACCUCGCCCCCCGCUGACAGCGGCUCCCGCGCCGACAAGGACACGAGACGAGAGCGCCGUGCCCCGGACGAAUCGUUGCUCAUCUUCAAAUGCCACACUGUCAACAGCAGCGGCUCACCCGCCAGCCAGCUCAGCAAGAACUCCGUGGCAGUCGCCUCAAUCCAUUUACCGCUGGCUGGUGCGCCGAUUUCCUCCUCUGCGUUGCAAUCUGUUGAUAACUCCACGUGCCGGCUGCAGUUUAUCGUGUUUCGCAAUGGGAAACUCUUCCCUUGCACGGGGAAUUCGUCAAAUCUCGCCGACGAUGGGAAGCGCAGGAGCGUUUCGACACCAGUUGCUUUCACAAAAUUAGAUGGGUGCAGCCUCGGGAGCGCCGUGCACUCCGUUACCAUCGCUCUCAGGCACUUCGCACUGGGUGUAGACCCCACCGCCGCCUACUGGGAUUUUGACCUGCUGGAUGGACACGGUGGCUGGAGGGCAGAGGGCUGCCACAUAACGGGCUCCGGGGGCAACACGACCACCAUUCAUUGCACCCACCACAAUAACUUUGCCGUGCUAAUGGAUCUGAAGAAGGUGCUGUCUUUCCCCCCGUACCCUGGGGAGUUCCUGCACCCGGUGGUGUAUGCCUGCACGGCGGUCAUGUUACUCUGCCUCUUCGCCUCCAUCAUCACCUACAUAGUGCACCACAGCGCAAUCCGCAUCAGUCGGAAGGGAUGGCAUAUGCUUCUCAACUUCUGUUUCCACACGGCUCUGACCUUUGCUGUGUUUGCCGGUGGCAUCAAUCGAAUCAAAUACCCCAUCAUCUGUCAAGCAGUCGGCGUGGUGCUGCACUACUCGUCCCUGUCCACCAUGCUGUGGCUCGGGGUGACGGCCAGGAACAUUUAUAAACAGGUGACCAAGAAGCCGCCGCAGAGCCAGGAUGGUGACCCGCCGCCGCCGCCCCCUAAACAGCUCCUGUUGAGAUUUUAUUUGGUCAGCGGUGGCGUUCCCCUCAUCAUCUGCGGGGUCACGGCGGCCGUCAAUAUAGACAACUAUGGCAGCGGGGAGCAAGCGCCGUACUGCUGGAUGGCGUGGGAGCCCAGCCUCGGCGCCUUCUUCGGCCCCGGGGCCCUCAUCACCCUGGUGACAUGCGUCUACUUCGUCUGCACCUUCAUCCAGCUGCGCCGUCACCCCGAAAAGAAGUACGAGCUCAAGCGGCCGUCGGAGGAGCAGCAGAGGCUGGCCGCCGUCGACGCGCCCGCGCACUGCCACCAAGGAGCCGAGCCCGGUGCCCCGGCGGCCCCGCCGGGCGGGGGCCACUGCCCUGCCGGCUGUCCGGGCGUCCCCAUCAACCCCGCGCUUCUUGCCAACGAGCACUCCUUCAAGGCCCAGCUGCGGACGGCGGCCUUCACCCUGUUCCUGUUCCUGGCCACCUGGACCUUCGGGGCGCUGGCCGUGUCCCAGGGCCACUUCCUGGACAUGAUCUUCAGCUGCCUUUACGGUGCCUUCUCCGUCACCCUCGGCCUCUUCAUCCUCAUCCACCACUGCGCCAAGCGCGACGACGUCUGGCACUACUGGUGCUCCUGUUGUCCCGGGCGACACGCCGACGGCUGCUCCGGCGCUCACGGCCCCGCCCGAGCACGGCCUAAGGUCAACGCGAACGGGGACACCGCGGGCCACGCCCACUGCCACCACGGCUCCCCGUGUCAGGGCAAAGCACCGGUGAGCUGCAGCCACGGCGGGUCGAGUCACUGCAAGCACGGCGCCCUUCCGUCCUCGCAGAACCACGCGGCGUGUCUGGCGCCGGCGCCGCCGUGCUGCGCCGCGCUGCACAGCCAGCAGCUGAUGGAGGAGGAGCCGGCGGCCACGCACGUGCUGCUCCACGCCGACCCGGAGGGCUACCGGCCGGGGAUACAGCUGCACCCCUGCCUAAAGAGCAGCACCAGGACUAAAGGCCGCCACUUCGGCCGGCGGGGCGGCGCCUGCGGGGCGGGGGGCGAGCGGGAGUACGCCUAUCACAUCCCCUCCAGCGUGGACGGAGGCAGCGCGCACAGCUCACACACUGACAGCCCCCACAGCACGCAUGAGCGCCACGCGCACAUCUGCCCGCAUCUGGUCCACGAAGGGCACCACGACGGGCAUCACACGUGCGGCGCCGCCGCUGCCUCCAGCGCGCACGAGGCGCCGGCGUGCCACAACCCGUGCCACCGGCACAUCUGCUGCGCCAAACCAGACCUUUUCCCUUCCCUGUGCCCGGCCGAGGCCGGAGACACGGGCGUCUUCCUGUGCGGAUGCGGCAAGGUGGCCGAGCAGGAGCCGCUGGCGCCGCAUCACCACCUGGGGCUGCACGCCCCGCGUAGACAAUCGUACCCCCAGAACCCGCCCAAUCAGAACGGGAUUCUUAAGGGGGGGCUGCAUGAAGGACUCCUGUACACCUCGGACAGCACGGGGAAUAUACGCACUGGACCCUGGAAGAAUGAAACUACUGUGUAGUGUUGAAAACAGGGGAGGUGGGCGGACCCCUGUUUUAACCCCCCCCCUCGAAAAAAAAAUAAACCCUCGCCUCCCUUUCUAGAAUUAAAAAAGAAACAGUUGAACAACAUUUUCAACAUAAUCAGCGUGGGAUGUUUUCAUCUUAGUGUCCUCAUGUUUGUAUGUGUGCUGUUUUACUGUACAGAAACAGAAAUACAAUCUCAAGUAAAUCAGGAGCGUCCACCCGGAGAACCGGAUCUCCACCAAGAAGAGUUUAUGAAACGUAUGUCACACCAAACCAGAUGUAAUUGAGGGUAUUUCCAGUGUUCCAUAUUACUACAGAUCUCUCUACCUAUCUCUCUCUCUCUCUAUAUAUAUAUAUAUAAACACACUAAAAUGAAUGGUUGUAAGUAUGAAUAUGUGUGUUAGUGCUCAAAGGAAACACGAUGCGAGAUAUUUUUUACUCUUUGAAUCAAACCCAUCAAAUAGCCCACAGUGACAUCAAACCUCCAGUACUUUAAAGAACUCUUGACGUCCAUGCAUUAAGCAACUCAACCAGCAAUUGUAGGCUGUGUGGGUAUUUCUGCCAUCCAGUCGAGCAACUCUCUAUUAGAGAUUGUCUAAACAAUAUUUGUAGAGACACUGUGGCUUCCCUGAGAUGUGUGGAUGCCAGAUAAGUAAACGGCAUCAGAAAAAAGUGAAACUAAGCGUCUCCUCGUUCAGGUUGGUAUCGAUCGUGCUGUCUGUAUGAUGUCUUUACUGUUGUGUUCCUUUUUUCCCGGAGAGAAGUAAAUAACGGCAGCUUCAACAGCAGCAGCUUUGGCCAUCGUGAGUCGUCAGAGUCGAUGUCUUUGGAUCCAGUAUGUUUUUAUUAAGGCUGUGUCACUCAGAGCAGACACUAGUGUGUGCAGGUUUUUUAAAUUUUUUUUAUUUCUUUCAGCUCAGCUCGCGCAUCCUAUCAGGCUCCGGCAUACGGUUCUUUGUAAAAUCAACACUCUAAAAAGGAAAAAAGAGUGAAUGUGACUACAGGGCGCUUUGGGAACGCUGCCUGUGACCAACGUAGGUCUGGGUAUUAAUAAAAAUAACCCUCUGAUGCUGCAUCUUGCCGUAUAUAGUUUUUUGUCGCGCUCUUGGAUUAAGCCGAGUUCUUUACAGAUAUUGCAGUUACGUUUCCCACUAGAGGACAAAGGACGGCUCCACAUCUUAGCAUCCAGUGCCUGAAUCCAACCGACGCCGUUAUUUCACAUCGUUUCAGUUCUCUGCAUUUGCUCGGCCAACAGAAAACUCAAAUGGUCCAGAAGUUGUAAACAGAGUCGUGUGGUGGACGUGUUUGCUUAUGGUCAUAUUGUUGGUUCCUCAGACGCCUCCACAGUGGCCUCUGCGCUUGAAAUGCGUUCCUACAUUGUAACAAGAAUUCUGGGUCUAAUCAAUCUUUUCACUCCCCUAACGGCCCUAACUAGUUUUCUAGGGAUGAAGGCAAAUGUAUUAUUAUUCAAUUUAAGGUUUGAUGAACACAAAAUGAAUCAAAUUCAGUCCAACUCAAUACGGAAACAGGCAAGUAGUUCACUGGUCUCUGAAACGGUGCAAAGCAAACGUUCUCCAAACAAUAAAACAUGAACUGCUCUCGUUUGUCCUAAAGAAGCUUUGUGUGUUUGAAGCGGCCAAUUUUGAAGGAUAGAUUUCUUUUUUUUUACCAUGAACGUCACAUCUUUGAAGAAUUACCACUUGAAAGAGAAGGCAAUAUAAGCUUUGUAUUGUUUGUGUAUGAAUGAUGAUAUUGAGUAUCAGACUCUCCAGACAAAACCAUUCAUUCAUCUCGUCAGAAAAGCAACCUGAAAAAGAGCCCAUUUAAUCUCCCAGCAAACCUGCUCUGGAGGAACCACUUUAGCAUGAACGCAUUCCCUUCAUCCAUUAUCUGUGUAUAUAGAAUCAGUUUUUGAUGAAUUAUUUUAUAUGAGAUUUAAGAUAUUUAAGAAUUAAGUCUAUAUGUAAAGAAAGUUGUAUGGGGAAAAAAAAAAACUGACUUCUUGAUGUUAAUGCUCAGUAUCUGAGUUUAGAAAUGUCCUUUUUUGUUUUUCUAAUGCUUUUUUUUGUUGCAAUUUCAGUUGAUAAAGUAUGCAGACUCGCCAUGUGUUGUGAGUUUAUCCUGUCAUAUCAGAAAUAGAAAAUGCACUACCUAUAACAAUGUUUGCCCUGCCAGGAUAGAAUGUGUCACUUGCAGUAUGUUUAUUAUGGAAACGUUUUGCCAGAAAGAAAUGUUUGAAUUAAAAAAAGUGACGGGAGACCAGAUAAAUAAUAAUGUGAUACCUUUAUUUGGACGGCAGGCUUUAAAUAGUGAAUGGAGGCCCUCCAUCAGAGAUGACGCAUGAAUCAUAGCUUUGCACAGUUUUCUCCGGGGUCCGGGACAAAAUGGGGUGAUAGGCAGCCAACUUUUAGUUAUUAAACAGUAGCCUGCGGUCGAUCGCAGGAUACGGGGUCCUUAGAUGCUAGCUUUGUAGUCACUGGAGAGGGAUUUGUAACCGUAUUACAAGAAACCAUUUGAAAUUAGCCUCCCCCGCUGCACCCACGUUGGGCUGAGAGUGUGCCGGGUGAAUCGCUGUACGUGUAUUGGUGGGUGCUGGUGUCUCAGUAGCAGCCUCAGACCAUGUGUUUGGUAUCAUGGGCCAGCGUAGGCCAAACUCCUGUGUUGUCAUCAGUAGCAGAUGUACUGCCCCGAACGAGCCCGCUGACUCACCAGACGGCUGCUGGAAUAUUCACCUGUGGUACUGUGACUGAAACCGAAAGCCAGUUUUCACUUUUUUCUACAUUGACACAGAUUCCAAUAAAUGUAUUUUUUCACCAUGCA